GGAAGCAAGUGCUCAUGGCUACAGUUGCAUCAAUGCUAUCUUCUUCCCCCGCCGGUCAACCCUUUUGCUCCUUCUCAAACCCAAGCCCAUCACUCUCUUUCAAAACCAUUACCAUCACAAGACCAAGACCUAGAACCAGAACGAGAACAAGCUUGGCAUGGCUGAAUCCUCAACCUCGUGGUGCUUUGGUUGAGGCAACACCACCAAGUCCACCUCCUUCUCCUUCUCCAAGAGAUGGAUCCAUCAAGGUGCUUGCGCUUCCUGAGAACCGUGCUGAUGACAUUCAAGCUGAGGCCAGAGCCAUGGCUCGUGCUGCCAAUGCUUCUGAGUACACGCCUCAGCUUUUGGCCUCCAACUAUGGCUCUCAACCCAUCAAGGUGGUGGGAAGGGCCCUUAAGGUUCUGAGUGCGGUGGGCUUGUUUGGGUUGAAGCUGUUGGUUGACCAGAAAAGUGGGAUGCUUGAUCAGAAUAAAAGGAUUCGUGCAAUUGAGCUUAGGGACACAUUCACUCGGCUGGGACCAACUUUUGUCAAAUUGGGUCAGGGGUUGUCUACCAGGCCUGAUAUAUGUCCACCUGAGUAUCUGAAGGAGCUCUCCGAACUUCAAGAUGGAUUGCCAACGUUUCCUGAUGAGCAGGCCUUUGAUUGCAUUGAGAGGGAACUAGGACUUUCUAUUGAUUCUAUUUUUUCUUCUAUAUCUCCAAGGGCUGUAGCAGCAGCCAGUUUGGGUCAAGUUUAUAAAGGCUGUUUGAAAUACUCUGGGAAACUUGUUGCUGUUAAGGUGCAACGCCCUGGCAUUGAAGAAGCUAUAGGAUUGGACUUCUACCUAAUUAGAGGUUUAGGCUUUCUCAUAAAUAAAUAUGUGGACUUUAUCACCAGUGAUGUUGUUGCACUUAUUGAUGAAUUUGCACGUAGAGUCUUUCAAGAGCUCAACUAUGUGCAGGAGGGACAAAAUGCAAGGAGAUUCAAAAAAUUGUAUGCUGACAAGGAAAAUAUCUUUGUUCCUGAUGUUUUCUGGGACUAUACAAGUGCUAAAGUAUUAACAAUGGAAUGGGUUGAUGGAGUAAAACUAAAUGAGCAAGAAGCAAUUGAGAGACAGGGAUUAAAAGUCUUGGAUCUGGUAAAUGCUGGCAUACAAUGCAGUCUCAGACAGUUACUCGAGUAUGGAUAUUUUCAUGCAGAUCCUCAUCCUGGGAAUCUCUUGGCAACACCUGAGGGAAAACUUGCUUUUCUUGAUUUUGGCAUGAUGAGUGAGACUCCAGAAGAAGCAAGAUAUGCCAUAAUUGGCCAUGUUGUUCACUUGGUUAACCGAGACUAUGAGGCCAUGGCUCGUGACUACUAUGAUCUUGAUUUUUUAUCAAGGGAUGUUGACGUAUCUCCAAUUGUGCCAGCACUUAGAAACUUUUUUGAUGAUGCACUUAAUUAUACUGUGAGUGAGCUCAACUUCAAGACACUAGUAGAUGGUCUGGGAAAUGUUUUGUAUCAGUAUCCAUUUAAUGUUCCAGCAUACUACGCAUUAAUAUUAAGGUCUCUCACUGUUUUAGAAGGUUUAGCAUUGUAUGCUGAUCCCAAUUUUAAGGUACUUGCUGCAUCAUACCCAUAUUUUGCUAAAAGGCUCCUAACAGAUCCAAAUCCAUAUCUAAGAGAUGCUCUUAUUGAGUUGCUUUUCAAGGAUGGGAAGUUCAGAUGGAAUAGACUUGAAAACCUGCUAACCCAGGGUAGAAAGGAUAGAGAUUUCUCUGCUAAAGAGGCAUUACAACCUGUCCUGAAGGUAUUAUUGAGUAAAGAUGGUGAAGAGCUGAGGAAUCUAGUUAUUAAAGAGGCUGCUCGAGUAUCUGAAGCUUUUACCCUCGGCACAAUGUCAGAAACAUACCAAUAUAUUCCGGGCUUUGUUAGGACCCUUGUUUUCAAUGGAAAUGCAAAUGGCCCCUUUAAGAUGUCAGAAACUGAAAUGCAAAGCAUGAUAGAGCUUAGAGAUCAAGUUCUUAGAAUAUGGGGACUUCUUCAAUCCUCUCAUGAUUUUGAUCCAGCUAUUUUGCUGCCAAUACUACAGGUCCUUGAGCAACCUGAGGCACGCAGACUUGGGGGGCGUGUUGUUGGUGGAAUCACUCAACGUCUUGCAGCACGCUUUCUUCAGCAAAUACUCAGAGUUCCGUCAACAGUUUCAGAAUAG